GGGAAACUGAGGUUAUGAGUUCUUUCAGUUUUUUGGUUUGGCUUGUAGGGUUUUGUUGUUUUUUUUUAAUUUUCAAAUAUGCAGCAAGUGUCUUCUCUUUUUUGUACAGGCUCAGAGAGUUGUACACCAUUUCAGCAGAGAUGUCUGAUCUUUCCAUCUGCAUACCUGGAGGUGCAUUAUUCCCUGAAUGGUCUUUUCAGUAACCACUAAAGAUUUCUUGGGUCUGAACUCUGGAACAGAUGAGUUAAAUCCUUCUGGAAUGCUCUUCAUCAGACAGAGACGUACUGGACUUUCUGGAUGUGCCUAAGGACACAAAGACUGAAGAAGUCCUGAAGAUUGAUGGAGGGCCAUGCUAUUCAAACAGCAGGCGUUGCUGAGACAGAAGCUCUUUGUGCUAGGCAGCCUUGCUAUUGGAAGUCUCCUAUAUCUAGUUGCCAGAGUUGGGAGUUUGGAUAGACUGCAGCCCCUCUGCCCCAUUGAUGGUCGUUUUGGACCCCGCGGCCAGGACGAAAUCCCCUUGCGAGCCCUGCAGUUCAAGCGAGGUCUGCUCCACGAAUUUCGAAAGGGCAAUGCCACCAAGGAACAAAUUCGACUGCACAAUCUGGUUCAGCAGCUUCCCAAGGCCAUUAUCAUUGGGGUGCGCAAAGGAGGCACCCGAGCACUACUGGAGAUGCUGAACCUUCACCCUGCAGUGGUCAAAGCUUCUCAAGAGAUUCACUUCUUUGACAAUGAUGAAAACUAUGCCAAGGGAAUUGAGUGGUACCGGAAAAAAAUGCCUUUUUCUUACCCUCAUCAAAUAACAAUUGAGAAAAGCCCCGCGUAUUUUAUCACCGAGGAAGUACCUGAAAGGAUUUACAAAAUGAACUCAUCUAUCAAAUUAUUGAUCAUUGUCAGGGAACCUACCACAAGAGCUAUUUCUGAUUACACUCAGGUGCUGGAAGGCAAGGAAAGAAAGAACAAAACUUACUACAAAUUUGAGAAGCUGGCAAUUGAUCCUAAUACCUGCGAAGUGAACACUAAGUACAAGGCAGUGAGAACCAGCAUCUACACAAAACAUCUGGAGAGGUGGUUAAAAUACUUCCCAAUUGAGCAGUUUCAUAUUGUGGACGGAGACCGGCUCAUCACAGAGCCACUGCCAGAACUCCAGCUGGUUGAGAAGUUCCUAAAUCUUCCUCCAAGGAUAAGUCAGUACAAUUUAUACUUCAAUGCCACCAGAGGGUUUUACUGCUUGCGAUUUAACAUUGUCUUUAACAAGUGCCUGGCGGGUAGCAAGGGACGCAUCCAUCCGGAGGUGGACACCUCUGUCAUUACCAAAUUGCGCAAGUUCUUCCAUCCUUUUAAUCAAAAAUUUUACCAGAUCACGGGGAGGACAUUUAACUGGCCCUAAACUAAACUUCAUACAACACUUUCUGUUGCAGCCUGAGGCAUGCAAUAGGAUGUCUCUGCUGAAAUAUGCACUUUUCAUAGAUACGACUAGCAAAGUAACUUUUUUCAUGCAUACGUGUACAUAAUGCAGUGUGUGACCAAAUAUACGGUGGGAUCGAUUUUUUCUACAGAGUAGUAACUAACAUAAAUUUACUGUCAAUAUAGUUGCAUCUUUUAAGAUAUAAUAAUAAAGGGAAAGGAAGUAUUUAGGGAAACAAAGUCAGACAUUGUUAAAAGGGUCAGUGUUCCUCUCGCUUAGUGAAGUGUUUUUGUGACAUACUUAUUGAUCUAAGCAGAACAUUAGUUUAUGCCAUAAAAAUUCUUGUCAAAAGUCUGUAAAGCUGUGAGAAAGCAUAAUCCUGAGGCUAUAUUUGGUAUGUGUAUUGCUAAAGGAAUACUGACACUUUAAACACCGUGCUGAAUUUUUACAAUGAGAGUGAAUAAUACUAUUUUCUUAUUAUUUUAAAUGAAUAUCUUAUCUCAUACAAACUACAUUGUUUUAGAGUUCCUGUGGUGAGUUUGCACUAUUGUUUUAUUGUACGGACCAUAGUGUCACUUGUAGCAUGUCAAUCAUGUGUCAAGAAAAGGUCAAAUAAUUUUUUCUUCUAUACUUGUGUGUCGACAAAGCUAAACAUGGUGUACAUAGUGUACAAUGUUUGUAAAUACUGGUUUCACACUAAGUAAUUCUAUUUUGUAAACUGAAUAUGGCUAUUUAAUUUAUUGUGAAGAUUAAAUUUAUUGUGGUAUUUAAAAAUG